AUGGACACUCCAUUCUACGAGCGACUGCCUGGCGAAGUGACGAUCUUGCACUCAAUCCGCAGUCCGAAUCUGCCCGACCAAAAAGUUAAGUUCCCAGAUGGACAGGAGAAGCAGAUUGGAGCUGGGGCUACAGCCUUUUUCUCAGGCGCUCGGGCUUUCGCUCUUUUGAGCCCCGAUGAGCAGGAAUUUGCUCUGAAUACCACUGUCACAUAUGCGCCUCAGGCCUACGAAUAUAUCAGGCAGUGCAAGGCCUCUGAGGAUGGCCUUACUAUUCCCACUAUGGGACGUGAAGUGGCCGUUGAGAAAUUGUCGGAUUGGAGCUGGAAUAAAGUGGCUGAACACCCCAUGGUCUGGAGAAAUCCGCUAAACCCAGAAAGACCCUUCCUCCAAGUCCACGGCUGCUGCGUCUACAAACUCAGCACCCGAAACCCAACAACAGGAGAAAUCACGAUCAUGGACGACGUGAGACAAGUUCGAAACAAGAUCUACAGCAUGCAGCGCAAGAUCUAUGCAGCGGAGAAUAUCUACGCGCAUCGCUGGGAAGAGGGUGAUUUGGUCAUAUUCCAUAAUCGUGGUGUUAUGCAUAGUAUUACUGGACAGUUAGCUAAAUACAAGGAGGAAGAGGACAAGAGGAGAAUGCUUUGGCAGUGCACUAUGACGAGUACGAGUGCGCCGAAGCCAUUUCGGGAGUAUGAGGGAGUAAAUGAUACGGGUUACGAAAUGGCCAGUCAAACCCCGGACUUUUUCUUCGCUCCCACAUGGGACUACCCACCGCCGCCAACCGGGCCCAUUAAACUAGGCAAUCUGAUUACCUCGCUGCAGAAACCCGAGCAGCCCCUCUUUACUGCAGCAUUGCCGACCGAGUCUGGGAUAUUCUCAUCUGAUAAGAAGAAUGUCACCUUCUCCAGCGAGCGCAUGCGGGCGGGGAAAUUCGGAAUCCUCACCCAGUUUCUCUCGGUCCUUGGGUUUGGAAUUGAUCUCGAGGGAGGAUUAGAAAAAAGUGACGAGGAGAGCUUCCGCUUCGAGAGCCUCACCACCACGCAAUUUGUGCCUCGGCCCGCUUAUAUCCAGGAGGAAUGCAUCGAUGCAUCACCUGCGGUGCAGAGGUGGUUGGAGCGAUCUCGCUACAGGAAGCCGUUGUACCUCAUCGUUGGGUUGAAGGUUGUCCACGGGGCAAAGACGGGUCAUUCGCAGACAGGGCGGGGGAUCAGUGGUGAUAUCGGUGCCACAGUGGAUGGAACGGUGUGGAGCGGUGGUGUAGUUCCUGUAUCUGGGGGACCGAAGGUUGGGCUCACCCACUCGAGGAAGAAUGGUGUCCACUGGGAAGACGGUGGGGAUUUUGUCCUGGCGUUCCGCGUGAGGAAGAUAAAGGUGGCGAGGAAGACGAAUGAAGUGCGCGAGGCGGUGGAUUAUAAGCAGGGCGCUAUGCUGGGCAAUGAGCCUGAGGUAGUGGAAGGACCUAAGCCAAUUCUCAUUCUUGAGGAGGAAGAGUUGGUUGUUCACGAUGGCGAUGGAGAUUGGACAAGAAUGCAACUGGCAGAAGGGGACGAGCUGGUAACGGUCGGCGUGCCACAAUCAAGCGGUGCAGAAAAUCUUUAA